UAGUUACACACCACAACCUAAAUACGGAAGAGGAAAGUCAGGACAACAACAUUACUGGCUUUUUUUUUUUUAAUUGUAUAUUAUAUUGCAACAUGGAGGACCAGGAGAUGCAACUGAAAGUUAGACGAGUGACUGACAAAUUCACGGAGAGCAUGUAUGUCUUGGCAAACGAGCCGUCGGUGGCUCUGUACAGGCUGCAGGAGCACGUCCGGAGGUCACUUCCAGAACUGGUGCAACACAAGACAGACAUGCAAAGUUGGGAAGAACAAAGUCAAGGCGCCAUCUACACUGUGGAAUAUGCAUGCAGUGCUGUGAAGAGUAUGACAAACAGCAGUUUAUAUUUCAAGAACAUUGACGGUUUGCUUCGCCAGGCCAUCAGUCUAAAGGAGCGGAUUAACAACUCUCAAGGACGCAGAAAAAAGCCAGUGGACACAGGAAUGCCAAAGGAAGGAGAGAAGCUCAACACUGGAAUGUGAUGAUUUUGUCAUUGUCCUUCCUCUCCUCACUUAAGUAAAAGUGUCUGAAGAAAGGGUCAUAAGGCCAAUGACACCAAGACCUUGUUACAAUGGGGAGGCUUGGCUCCAAUGACGCCUGCAGUACAAGCUGCUCAGUGGAACAGAGCACCAACACGGUGCCAGGUCCAGCAUUAAAAGCACUCAAGUCAUGAACGCCGCUCAAAGAAUGCAUUGUUCUCACUGAAGGGACCAGAAAGAACGUGGCAUUACAGCUUGUGCCUCAGUCUAUAAUGUCUACACAACAUUCUACUAUCCAGUUUAUUAGAUUAGAUAACUUUUUUUUAAACUUUUUUUUUUAAUAUAUUCCUUUGGUUAACUAUUGUACUUUGCAAAUAUGUACAUUCUAUUUUAAUCCCUUCAAGAUCCCUCACACACAUUAUUACAACAUUAGCAUGAUGUGAUAUAUGGAUUUAGAUUUGUGACUGUUUACCUGCCAAGUACACAGAGACUCCCAUGCAAAACAGCCCAACUGCUACAUGGCGUAUUGCUCUGCUGUCCAGGAGGAACCAGUCUGCUCUGUGGAGACAAACGUCCUUGUUAACUGUGCCAUAAAUUAAAGCGGUUGUCCACAAUCCGA